UACAUAUAAAAGUGGUCGACACACUGAGAGUCUCGUCAGAGUGAUAAAAUUGAUAAUAGCAAACGCGUCUCUAUAGUCCGUUGAAAAUCUACAUGAUCGCAAGGAAAAGCGAAUAAGUGAAGUUAAUAUUUUCAUCUUCUCAAUGAACUUCUUCAAUAAAAAACCAAUAUUGAGGCUUUAAUCGUAUUCAUCGUAAACCAUGUACAUUGAAAGUGAAGCAGUGAAAAGUUAAAAUGUUGCAAAAAGAAAAUGUUCAACUCUCUGGGAAAAAUUAUAAAAUGAUUCUAUUGAUAAAAGCAAUCAAUAUUGACGAUUAGAAAGAAAAAGUAGAAAAUGUAGUGAUCUGAAGUUGAAUCUUCAUGUAAAAAAAAAUAUAUAUUCCUCAAUGUGUUAAAAACAUAAUUUUUGGUGCAAUUUAGUGCCCCAUAAGAGAUGCUCUAAAAUGUACAUUAUCUAAACGCAAUUUUUUAUUUAAUUAAACGAACAACAAAAAUUUAGUAAAAAGUUUACAUAUAAGUAUAGUAAAAGAUUAAAAAUAUAUAUAAUCAAAUUUAGUAGAUUAAAGCAACUGGAUAAUUUCGCAAAUACGCAUAUAAUACAUAUUAUAGCAGCAGUUCCGCAAUAAUAAAUCAACGAAUGUGUGAGUGUAGAUACUAAAAUGUCUACAUCAUUUUAUAAACGUAAAAAAAGAUAAAGUGAAGUGUCUCUUUGCGAUUUAAAAGAAAAACUUUAGGGGAAAGUUUUUUUUUUAAGUAUUGUCAGUGCAAAAAUGCGUGGAAGUACAGCUGGAUUAGCAGAUGGUGUACUCAAUCCAUCAAAGGAUGCCCAUGGUGUUCUUUUAGAUUUUCUCGAUACGAUCCUUUCCACCGUUGUAGUGGGACCCCUUGUGAUAUCCUAUUGGCGUGGCACAUGGAAUCUCAUGGAUUUGUAUCUAUUUCCCAAUAAUACAAUACUCAGUGCAUAUGCAUCUCUUACAAUUGGUGUAGUGGGUCACAUUGUCUUUACUUUAUGUCAAGAUACAUUAAAACAACUCCAUCCCAAUCAUCAUCGAAUUACCUUCUAUGUGAUAUCCCGUCUAUAUACGGCUGUGUAUGGGGUGAUAUGUAUCAAUGGCUGGCGAGGUGGAUGGCAAUUAAUAGAUUCCUAUACAACACCAAAAGUUUCCACAGUCCUACUAUUCACCACCCUACCAGCACUGUGUCUAACAUUCCUUAAAACUCUUCGGAAUCUAUCAGCAGCACCAUUUACAAUCUCAAUUGAUACACCAAAUGAGUAUUUUGAUGUUCAGACGAUGUUUAAAACAUCGGGUUCUCGCCAACCACUCUAUUAUAUUCUUGAUUGUUGUUUCUCCGUUCUAAUAAUUGGAUCUCUUGUGGUAUUUGUUUGGCGUGGCGUAUGGGUAUUUCUGGAUCUUGUUCUCUAUCCCAGUGAUGCUAAACUAUCAGCAUGGUACUCAUUGGCUAUUGGAUAUGGAAUAGUUUUCAUCACUUUUGCACUACAGCCCGUAAUGAGAUGGACAUGUGAGAAAUUAACUGGCUUUUGGCGACUUGCCAUAGCGGAUGUCUUUUUAUUCUUUAGCUUCAUUGGCACAGUUAAUGCAUGGCGGGGUAUAUGGCAACUUCUUGAUAACUAUUUCCUUCCAGAUCAGAGAGCCCUUAGUGAUUGGUUAACCCAUGGUGUUUGCUUUAUUCUUCUUGCACUCAUGAAUUGUGCCAAUACCGUACUUGUGCGUGGAGUUUUCUUAGAUGCCGAAGAACCCGGUGGUAAAUGCGUUAUUUUCCCCGUCUAUUACAUUCGACUCUACUUCCAAAAGGAACGCACCAAAAAGAACCAACAGGCCUUAGAUAUAAUGGAAAAGGACGAAGGAGCGAAUUGUUCACUUCUUCUGGAGAAACCCGCAAAUAAUGUAGUUGUUGUUAAAAAUUCAAAUGAAAAAGUCGCACCACAAUAGCAUUAUGUAAAUAAAAUAUAUAUAAAUAAAAUUGAAUUAAAUUUGUACAUAC